AUGUCCAAGGAAUCUUUGUUUCUGAUACUCAUUAUCCAAGCGCUGCGGGUUUAUGGUGAGGAAGAUGCGGAAUCUGAGCCCUCUCUGUCUCAGAGUCCCUUCAGAAUGACAGCUGAAGUUGGAGGCACGGUGGAAUUAACCUGUCAGUACAUUUACGAAGUGGAAUUCGUGCCUAGCUAUUUCUGGUACAAACAACGUGUCGGUGAAGCCCCGAAGCCAAUCGAUCUACAGUUGUGUCAGGGGGCCAAUUGUAAGUUUUUUUCUAAAAAAGGCAAAAACAAACAUGAAUUGAUACUGGAAAUUCGCAAAGUCGAGGUGAGUGACUCGGGUUCCUACUACUGUGCUGAUAGCGAUAGCUAUGCACCGCUCCAGAGUGGACCCACACUCCUAGUUGGAGACGGUUCCACCAACAAGACAGCUGCGCUGGUGUUUGUCCCGCCGGGUGAGCUGCAUUUCAAUGAAACCGUCCCCUUAGUGUGUUUGGUCAGUGGAGUUUCUCCCAACCAGAUUGCUAUUUUCUGGAAUAUUUCCGGCCUGGUUACCGAGGGACAGAGCGAUCCUGGUACAAUGGAGGCCGACGGAACCUACAGUAUCACAAGUCACGUCAUGGUGUCGAGCGAAACCUGGAGAAGUGGCGGUCUCUGCACUUGUAUUGUUCAGCUGGGAUAUCCAAACAAAUAUUUGACAAAGAGCUCAUCGUUCUCCAAAGCAGCAGGGACAGGGACAGGGUGGUGCAGUCUGGCCCUUCCUGUUAUCAUAACUGUCCUGGUGAUACAGGUUCUGAUGUUGGUCCUUAUUUCCAUUUGGAUUUUUAAAAGCAGCAGAUCAGGAGAAGGCGACAAGCGAUCCCACAAUGAAAAGCUUCGCUUGAGAGAGAGAAGGCAAAGAGAGGGGCAGAAUAAGCGACAAGCAUGUAAGUUGCAUUGA